UAGUUGUUGACAAAGUGGUCAAGUUUUACUUAAAACCAAUAAAUCAAAAUGAGUCUGAAAGACAAAGUUGUCCUUGUGACUGGAGGAAGCUCUGGUAUGGGAGCUGCCAUAGCUGAGAAAUUUACAAGUAAAGGAGCAAAAGUUGCCAUAGUUGGAAGAAACGCAAAGAAACUCCAGGAAGUCUCAGCAAAAAAUGGCAAUAAACCUCAUAUUAUAGUCGCUGAUUUGGUAAACGACGAGGAUGUCAAAAGAAUUGUAUCAGAAACAAUAAGCCACUAUGGGCAAUUGGACGUUCUGGUCAACAACGCUGGAUUCAAUAACAUUGUAAGCUUUCUAGCCGAAAAUGCUAUGGAUACCUUUGACCAAAUUAUGCUUACUAAUCUUCGAUCUGCAGUCCUCCUUACCAAUAUUGCUGCACCUCAUUUGAUUAAAACUAAGGGAAAUGUUGUCAAUAUUAGCAGCAUUUCCGCUUUGAGACCGUAUUCUGUGACUGGUUUCUCAUAUGAUACUUCGAAGGCGGCGUUGGAGCAUUUCACCAGAUGUAUAGCAUUAGAAUUGGGGCCAAAAGGAGUACGUGUUAAUGCAGUCAGCCCUGGACCGGUAAAGUCGGACUUAGUCGGUAGUAUGGGUAUAAGUGCCGAAGAGGCUCAACUUAUUUAUGAAUCUGUGAAAAAGGGUACUCUGCUCGAUAAGGUUGCUGAUCCCGAAGAAGUUGCUGACCUCGUUUACUACUUGGCUAGUGACAAGGCCAGAAGCGUCACUGGUGCGUCCUUUGUCAUUGACAACGGUGCGCACCUUAACUCCUAACUACUUGAUUUCAUGAAUGUUUUAUGCCGUUAAAAACAAAUGUUGUGUCUAAUGGUUUGAUUCUAAAAACAAAUUGGUCUCCUGCAUGUUAUGUGCGCAAUAAAUUUUUAUUUUUCAAUUAUUCCUUAUUUUUAUUUAAAUAUUUUAAU